AUGGCUCCUUUUGGCUCUGAGGGUUCAGAGCAUGCGAGUAUUUCGAUUGUUAUCAGAAGCGUAAUACUACAACUCGAUGCCUCACAUGGCGCUCUGUUUGAGACUGGUCCAGAGAAUCCGAGUUUUGUGAUUCAGCACACCCGGAAAAUUCAACGAUGGCAACCAAGCCAAUUCAAGAACUCAAUUCCCGAUGUCGAAAUGGACGUCACCUUCACAGCCCUUGCACAACAUCGCGGAUUCAGCGCCGGUUUGACAAUGACUGAGUUUCCUCCAUCAUACGAGAAAACUGGACUGGAUGUAGUACAAUGCAACCGCCUGACUCGCCACUAUUUAAUCUUGCUCCUCCGAGCCCCUGACAGGAGCCCCAACCCCCCAGAACUCCCUAUGGGGUUCCUUAACUGGGGCCUGGAGAGAAUCGCUGGGGUUCUGGAGUGA